AACCAAUUUGGUUGGCGAGUGGAAAGCCUUCUCAAAAAGAGUGUCCUCUCACACCGCUGUCGACUGAACUCUAGCCUAAAUCAAUAUGACACGCAAAUCAAACAGCGUACGCAGUCGGAAUAGUAAUCCCAUUACGACUGUUGGCGAUUGGGUAGGCCCCCAACAUACAUAUUUUGAAUCGAAAGAUAAUAUCCCUGCAGCGCAGAUCGCUGAACAAGAACCAUCUGCUUCCAAGAGUCAAUACAGUAUUACCGCGGACGGCCUUCUUGGUGACUGUCUGCACGCAGAAGCAGAAAUUUACAGGGACAAGAAAACCAAGGAAGCCAUCGCUGUAAUCAACAACCUGUGGAAUCUCAUCAAAAACCGCUCGCAAGAUGUCACUGUCACUGAAAAGAAUGGCUUCACAAUCUUUUCUGGGACCGACGGUGUGGACGGUUUUCCAGCAGGUCCCUUACUUGGGGAUACCGAACUGCUCCGUGUGGCUACUGAACUUUGCAAGAAUGAAGGUGUGGAGCUCACUGUCUCCUUUACUAAACGGAAGUGGAGCAUGAAGAUUAAGAUUUAG